AUGGACCAAAAGGCCACAGCCACGCUGCUAGAGCUCGCUGCAAAGAGUCUGCUGAGUAAUGAGCCUGCAGCUAUCCAUGCCCUGGAAGAACUCCCAAGAGAUCUCUUUGUUCCACUGUUCAUUGCUGCCUUCUUGGGUGGGCAUAUGAAGGUACUAAAGGAAAUGCACUCCAUCCUUAAAGUAGAAGAAGCCCAACGUAAUGUCCGGUGCCUUGGAAUUGGUAAUUCAGAGUCUGAGCCUCUGUCAGCCUGGAAACCCACAGAAGUUCUAGUGGACCUUUCCAUCAGUGGUAACUUGAAAAAAAAGCAAUUUCUUUCUUUCCUUCAGAAUAAAGUUGAGGAGAACAUAGGGUCCUUACACCUCUGCUGCAGAGGUUUGCAUAUUGACAGCAUGCCUGCCGUCAAAAGUGUCCUGCAGUUUCUGGAUCUGGGAUGCACUGAUCACCUGGAAGUGUAUAAGGCUGAUCUGAGUGAAGUCACCACCCAUUUUGCUCAGAUGACCCACCUGAACAGCCUUAGUCUGUCUAACAUCCCAUUUAAAUCUUGUAAGGGGAGAAAGUUCAAUACUUUUCUCACCUGGCUUGGGCAUCAGGACAACCUCCAGGACCUCAUCUUGUGUUCCUUCUGCCUCAAAAAUCAACUGCACAAACUGCUCAGAGUCCUGCCACCUCGGUUGGAUACAUUGUAUCUAACUUUCUGUGGCCUUUCUAAUAGAGAUGUCAUCGCCCUGUCCCAGAGCUCUCAGGCCACUCACCUAACACAGUUGAAUCUCAGUAACAACCAGAUAUUCUCAGAAGUUUAUGAGCCCUUCCAGACUCUUCUGGAGAAGGCCUCGGGUACCUUGCAACAUCUAGAGGUAAAUAACUGCCUGAUAACUGACUCAAUCCUCUCUGCUCUCCUCCCGGCUCUGAGCCACUGUUCCCAUCUCCGUAUCCUUAGCUUUGCCUCCAACCCCAUUACAAUGCCUGUGCUGAGGAGCCUUCUGCAGCACUUAACAUCCUUGACGAAGCUGAAGUAUGUGAUUUAUCCUGUCCCUGUCCAUUGCUAUGAACAAGAGGAUUUUCACAGCACUUUGGACCAGCAGAAACUUGCUGAAGUGCAGGCGCAAUUGAAGGUGAUGCUGCAUGCGGUACAGCGGGAUGACAUGAACUGGACCACUUCUCCUGAGUGA